UUUGUUCCCGCAAUAAGUAUCUGCUCUUUGAAAAGCAUAAAAUGUCUGCUAAUAUUGUUGACCUGCGCUCGGACACCGUCAGUCUGCCCACGCCCGAGAUGCGGGAACGCAUGGCCGCCGCUGUGGUGGGCGACGAUGUCUACGGCGAGGAUCCCACUGUUGCUGAGCUGCAGGCGAAGACUGCGGCAAUUUUCGGCAAGGAGGCUGGCCUGUUUGUGCCCAGCGGCACCAUGGGAAAUCUUUUAGCUGUUAUGGUUCAUUGCAACCGACGCGGCUCGGAGGCCAUUGUGGGAGAUUUAUCACAUAUCUUUCUCUAUGAACAAGGUGGUUCCGCGCAUUUGGCUGGCGUGCAAUUAGCCACGAUAAGGAACCAGCAGGACGGCACCUUUAGCUUAGAGGAGUUGCGGCACAAGAUACGCCAGUAUGAGGACUGCCAUGAGCCGGUUACCUCCUUAGUUGUUGUGGAGAACACCCACAACAUUUGCGGUGGCAAGGUGAUGCCUCUUUCAUAUCUGGAUGAGCUGGUGGCAUUGGUACGUGAUUCUGGCCUGGGCAUUGUUCGUAUCGGCCUGCACAUGGACGGCGCCCGGGUGUUUAAUGCGGCAGCAGCUUUAGGCGUUAGUGUUGAACGCAUCGCCCGUGGCUUCGACUCAGUGUCCGUUUGUCUGAGCAAGAGCUUGUCCGCACCGGUGGGCUCCGUUCUGGUCGGCUCUAAGGCUUUCAUUGCGGAAGCUCACCGACUUCGCAAAGCCUUGGGUGGUGGCAUGCGGCAGGUGGGCAUCUUGGCAGCUGCCGGCCUGGUGGCCCUUGAGCAGGUGGUGCCGCUGCUGGCUAAAGACCAUGAACAUACGUUGCGCAUUGCAAAAAGCAUUGAGCAACUUCGGAGCCCUAAUGUAACCGUGGAUUUGGCAACUGUGCAAAGCAACAUUCUGCUGGUACAGAUUAAGCAGCCCAAGUUGACUGCCAAUCAGUUUGCCGAACGUCUGGCAGUUGUCGAGCCGGAUGAGCUGACAGCUGGUGUAGCCGGCAAAAACGGAGCGGGCAUCAUAGUCAAGGCCAGCGCACGCAAUUGGGAGUUUAUGCGUCUAGUGUUCUAUCACCAGGUGGACGACGAACUGGUCGAGCUGGCCAUUAAGAAACUCACGUAUGUCAUAAAACAGUACGAUGCACGUUGGCCCUGAAUCUUGUAUCCCUUAAACCCUGCCAAAUUUGUAUUAACUGAUAACAAAAACUAGAAUAAAGCCGGGAACACAAAAUAA